AUGCCGCAGCAACAAGAGCGAGUCUUGUCCGGAUGGGCCGCAGCACCAGCUAAUACGCCCGGUGCCCAAGAGCCAAGAGUGCUUCUGUCCAGCGGCCGAGAUGCUGAUGAUGCCUUUGAGUUCUCAUUCGAAACCCUACGAGCCAAUGUGUUCCGAACACGGUUCACGUCCCCGUCGCAUCCUCUGCCCCCGCACCCCAGCGCUCCGCCGACGAAGGCCGACCUGGACGGGGUGCCGGUGUCUGUCUCGUCGCCCUCUGCGACGACGAAGCAAAUCGAGAUUGGUCAUGUCCUCGUCAAGCUGGACUGGACGGAAUCGUCCCCGCUUCUCUCUGUCGCGUACGCCGAGAGCAAAGACGACACGAUUCUGCAGGAUCUGCCGUUCCGCGGCUACGUCGUCGACGGGCCUGGAGUCGCGCACUACACGCGCUACAACCGCGGCACUCUGCACGUCGGCCUGGGCGAAAAGGCCGCGCCGAUGGACCUGUCGGGGCGCAAAUUCGAAAUGUCCGCCACUGACAGCUUUGGCUAUGACAUUUACCGCACCGACCCUCUGUACAAGAACAUCCCGCUUCUCAUCAAUGCAACCCCGAGCGGCUGCGUCGCUACCUUUUCCACCAGCCACACCCGGGGAUUGUAUUCCAUCGGCUCCGAAAUGGACGGCAUGUGGGGGCGCUACAAGGUCUUUCGUCAAGACUAUGGCGGUCUGGAAGAGUACACGAUUGUCGGGCGGACCCUCAAGGACAUCGUGCGCACGUAUGCCGAGCUGGUCGGCUUCCCGCUGCUGGUCCCGCGAUGGGCGUUUGGCUACCUCUCGGGCGGCAUGAAGUACUCCAUGCUCGACGACCCGCCCGCGUCCGAGGCGCUGCUCGCGCUGGCGCACAAGAUGAAGGCGCACGACAUUCCCUGCUCGGCGUACCAAAUGUCGUCGGGCUACACCGUCGCUGAGACGCCGCCCAAGACGCGCAAUGUCUUUACGUGGAACCGCCACCGUUUCGCCGACCCAGAGGCCUGGAUCCGAGAGUACCACAAGCUUGGCAUGCGGCUCAUUGCCAAUGUCAAGCCGUACGUGCUGGCGAAUCAUCCCGAGUACGAAAAGCUGAAGGCGGCCAACGCCUUUUUCACGGACCCCACCACCAAACAGCCGGCCGUAGCGCGGCUUUGGAGCGCGGGCGGUGGCGAGAGCGGCGAGGGAGGCCACAUUGACUUCACGUCCGAAGCAGGCUUUCAAUGGUGGUAUGACGGCGUCAAGAAGCUGCGCAACGAGGGCAUCGAUUGCAUCUGGAACGACAACAACGAGUAUGUCAUUACAGAUGACAACUGGGCGUGUGCGUUGACCCUGCCGGGGCUGGACGUUCCCACGGCGUGGCAGGGUCGGCCGCAGAUUGGCAUCUGGGGCAGAAGUCUUCACACGGAGCUGCAUGGUCGAGCGUCCCACGAUGCGCUUGUCGACGCGGACACUGAACGCCGACCUUUUGUGCUCACGCGCAGUGCCACGGCUGGAACUAUGCGAUAUGCUUGCAGCUCCUGGAGCGGCGACAACACUACCAGCUGGGAGAGUAUGAAGGGAUCGACGGCGCUCGGCCUUAACGCCGGCGUCUCCCUCCUGCAUUGCUACGGCCACGACAUUGGCGGCUUCGAGGGCCCGCAGCCGUCCCCCGAGCUGCUCCUGCGCUGGGUGCAGCUAGGCAUCUACUCGCCACGGUUCGCCAUCAAUUGCUUCAAGACGUUCACCGAGAAUAACAUUGGCGACGUCAUCGAGCCGUGGAUGCACCCGUCCAUUACCCACCUCAUCCGCAAGACGAUUAAGCGCCGCUACGCCCUGAUUCCGUACAUUUACUCCUCCAUGAUUGACAGCCACCGAGAGGCCACGCCGCCGCAGCGCUGGAUGGGCUGGGGCUAUGAAAGCGACCCCGAGGUAUGGAAGAAGCCACUGACGGACGGCGAGACGCAGUACUGGUUUGGCGACUCUAUUGUAGUCGGCGGCGUGUUUGAGCCGGGCGCGACGCAGGUCAGGGUGUAUUUACCCAAGGGGGGCGACGCGGACGAGGGUUAUGUGAAUAUGAACGCGCCGUAUCAGUAUUUCGAGGCCGGUCAGUGGGUCACUAUCGAUGCCGAGUGGCACGGCGCCGGUAUUGCUGUCAUUGCAAAGGUGGGCGCGGCCAUCCCGACUGGUCGCGAUGUGCAGGUUCUCUCGCCUGGUGAAAAUGAGAAUGUGGCUGGCCUACCGCUCGAUGACAUGCGCGCUGUCGAGAUAUUCCCGCCGCGGAGGGGCUCUGGCGACAGGUGGUUUGAGACCACGUGGCACGAGGAUGACGGCGUUUCGGCGGUAGCGAAAAAUAUGAUUUCUUCCUACACGGUCUCCUAUAGCACGACGGAUGAAGCUGUGAAUUUCAGAUUCACAAGAGACGAGCGUUCUGGAUUCGAAGCGCCUUGGAAGACGCUGGUUGUCGUUCUGCCUGCGGGCGAUGUGCGGGUUGUGCAGAGCAGUGAUGGUAGGGCCGUCUCUGACUUGGGUCGCGACGAGCAGGGGCGCAGAAGAUUUGAACUGUUGUAG